ACUAUCCGUAGUUUCCGACAACAGUACGAUGGCCGCUUCGACUGGCAGCACUAAAGGGCCAGAACUAUCUAAAGCCGAGUACCUGAAACGAUAUCUGUCCGCUGAUGGAGACGGCAAGAAGUCAAAGGGGAAGGUAAAGAAGAAACGGCGCAAGGUUCCGGAGAGAGGACUCAAAAUAGUAGACGAUGACAUAGACUGGAAACAGACGGUGAACGAGGAGGAGGAGAUCGAAGAGGACGAAGAGGAAGCUCCAGUGAUCGCUGAGGUGAUUGACGAGAGACCGGACGAAGUGAAACAGCUGGAAGCCUUCAGAACCAGCAAUAGAUGGAAAGUGAUUGGAGCUGACGAAAAUGAAGACGCGGAAGAGGCGGAAGGAGGAGGGCACGAUUCACCAGAGUUGUCAUUGGAGGGUAGCAGACAUGAUUCUCAGGAGAGAAAGACCCGCCAUGACUCUCCAGACAUAUCCCCCCCAAGAAGAGGUCGCCAUGACUCUCCAGACCUGUCACCUCCAAGGCAACACUCAGGGAAAUCAGGGAAGGCACAAAGUAAAGACUCGUCCCCUGCCAGAAGAAAGCCCAGCUCAGUACCCUCAGGUAAAAAACGUUCGCCUGAUCCUCAUCGGGCUCAGAACAGGCACGAUUCAGACUCCGACCGGUCACCUCCACGAAAAAAGCCGCAGAAGGGAGGAGCUUCAGACUCGGACCAAUCUCCUCCACGGAAGCACUCAAAAACAAGACGAGGCUCUGAUUCCGACCAGUCCCCACCGAGGAGGCGGCCGCGUAGUGGAAAGGGCUCAGAUGAAGACCUGUCACCACCUCGUCGGCAUGGCCAAUCACAGCCUCCAAGGAUGCUUUCUGGUGGGACGGCAGGCCUGGUUUCUGUCGAUAUCUUAAGGAAAGAGCAGGAGGAGAACCGACGCAGGGAAAGAAACAACCAGCCGCUAGAAGACGCAUCCCGCAAUGCCCAGACGGUGUUCCGAGACAAGAGCGGUAAAAGAAGGGAUUUGGAUACGGAGAGAGAGGAACAGAAAAGGAAAGCUGGAGAAAAAGCAGAAAAGGAUGAGAAAUACGCUCAGUGGGGGAGAGGGUUGGCCCAGAGCCAAAUGCAACAGCAGAAACUUGAGGAUGCAGUGCGUGAGGCCCACAAGCCGCUGGCACGUCAGCGCGAUGACGAGGAUCUCGAUCGCAUGUUGAGAGAGCAGGAAAGGGAGGGAGAUCCGAUGGCCGCGAUGCUCAGACGGAAAAAGGACCGCAAUCCAAAAACACAAGAUAGACCCCGAUAUAAAGGCCCACCUCCUCCUCCAAACCGCUUCAAUCUUCUGCCAGGCUAUCGUUGGGAUGGCGUUGACAGGUCAAAUGGUUUUGAACAGAAACGCUACACGCGAAUUGCAGAUAAAAAAGCCGUCCAGGAGGCAGCUUAUAAAUGGAGCGUGGAGGACAUGUAAUGGCAGUCGGAAACUGAUGGAUCGGGAGAGGAGGAGGCUCAUCAUCUAUAGACUUAGUGUUACGUGAAAGUUGAGACUGAGUAUCUAAUCUAUGCUGUUGAAACAACUGCAUAUUGGACACAUACACUCAACCUAACCAACAUUUUGAGAAAGAUUUGUUGUUACUGUACAUCAGACAGAUUAUAACAAACUGAUAAACUACAGGCAUAACUGUACAUAGCAGUGAAGUGACAGUAUCUGUAUUAUUUUGUAAUAAUUGAUUCAAUGUGGAGACGAAACAGAUAUGUUUUUCACUGUUUUAUUAAAUAAUGUUUUUGUAAA